AUGCGCUGGCCCGCAGACAGUUUCCUGACCCGGAACUUGCUGCAUAAGAGGCUUGAGCACAUUCAGAUCCCUUCCAGAGCCUGGGAAUCCAUGACUGCUGCGGAUACCUGCUCAACUGGACGAGCUUUGAAUCAUGGAAAGGAAGCUCGUAAAGAAGGAAAUAAAAAAGCUCCUGCACACUACGACCUGACCAUUAACGUUGCUUUGCAAUGGCUGGAUCACUCGGAAGACUUCACUUGGCUGCAGGGACAAGAAUUGAAAAUGCCAUUCCGCGGCAGACCCAGAUAUCCGAGCCGUAAAGAACGAGAAGCUAUGAUUUUAUCAUCUUAUGCUGGAAUCUUAAUGAACAGUAUCCCGAUCGAGGAAGUCUUCAGAAUUUAUGGGGCUGAUUGUUCUGCACAUUCGGGUGCAAACAAGGUUCCGCGAGCUCCACCUCUGCGCCUCUCCUUGCACCCCUUUGCCAUGCUAACAGCACCCAAAGCGGCGGAAUACGUCCGCAAACAGAGUGUCAAGCUCAGAAGGGGAGCGAUAAGCAAGAAUGCCACGAACAGCUCCACAAAGGAACCAAACGCCACGACAUGGACAUAAUCAAAGAGCUUCUCAGAUGCACAACCAAAGAACAAUAUACAUACUGCAUGGCAACUUCUUGAUCAAAGACAACAAAUGCAUCUUAUGCCCCUGCAUCAUGGCUGGGAGCUUGUUGAUGAAUUCGGAGAGAACAUUGCAUUUCUGUAUCACAACAGACGUGCUUUGUGGCUAUUUACUAAAGUAUGGUAUUGGAUUUUGCACAGUGGUGGAGUAAGUGGGGGUUUGCCAUAG